GCAGACAGGACCUCCAUGGGCUCUGCCUUCUCCGCGGCUUCGAUCUUCGAGACCUAUCGGCCUCGGGAGUCCGAGAACGGGUGGCAGAUCUGCAGGCCACUCGCUCUGUGGAUUGUCUCCAUUGUGGCGACAGCAGGCAUCUCGGUGCCGAUGUACACGGUUGGGGACUUCGUCCUCACUGAGGGCUCCUUCGGUUACGACACACAGGUGAGUGACCCAGGCAUAUCGCAGCUGCAGCGCUGGCGCCAUGCGGCGCGCCUAACAAAGCGCGACGUGGGCCUUGGCCUGUCGGCAGAUCUGCCGGACACAUUGAACGACAAUGUCACCUGGCGUCGAGUGGCGCUGAUUUAUCAGUUGCCGGGGCAAGAUGCCGUCUCCGACGUUGGCCUGCAGCGUGCCAAGGCAGUGGAGGAUUCGCUGAGAUCCCUCAGAGGCUGGCAGAGGCUGUGUGGCGAGAUGCCAGCAAGUUAUCAGGGCCUAUGCCGGGAAG